AUGACAUUUGAAGAUGAUUUUGUGGAAGAUGAUGAGAUGAACAUGAUUGAUGAAGACAGUGCAGCAUCUGACUCUGAAGCAGAAUCUUUAUCAGACUCCGAUUCAGAAAACGAAAUCACUGAGAAGUUAACUGAGCCGACCAAGACUGCUGUAUACAACAGAGAUGGUUUACUUGAUAAGCUUCAAGACAUUAGCUGGCCAGAAGAUGUUGACUGGACCCACAAGCUCACAGUUGAGAUCGAGCAGGGACAAGCUGUUGAUGUAAACGACGACCUCGCUAGAGAGAUGGCUUUCUACACUCAAGCCCUCGAAGGGACAAGACAAGCUUUCGGGAAGCUUCAAGAGAUGGGGCUGCCUUUCCUCAGACCAGCUGAUUACUACGCGGAGAUGGUGAAGUCGGAUACGCAUAUGGAGAAAGUGAAGUCUAAGCUUCUGUACGAGAAGAAACAGAUGGAGGAGACGGAGGAGAGGAGGAAAGCUAGGGAUAACAAGAAGAUGGCUAAGGAAGUACAGUCUCAGAAGAUGAAGGAGAGGGCUAAGCAGAAGAAGGAUGAGAUUGAGUCUGUCAAGAAGUGGAGAAAACAGAGGCAGCAGAGUGGGUUUAGUGAGAAAGGAGCUGGAGAACUUGAUCUUGAGUUUGGGAAUGGUAAGAGUUUCCAGAGAGGUGGUGGUGGUAAGAAGAGGCCUGGUGUGUCUCCUGGUGAUAGAUCAGGAGGGAAAGGGAAGGCUGCUUCGAGGAUGAAUAAUAAGAAGAGAGAGUUUAGGGAUUCUAAGUUUGGUCAUGGUGGGAGGAAAGGGUUGAGCAAGCAGAACACUGCAGAGACGACGAAUGAUUUCAAAGGAGGGUUUCGUGGAGGCAAAGCUGGUGGUGGUAACAAGAGACAGAAGAGAUAAACAAAGGUUUGUUCAUCUAUAAACCCAUCUACACUAUAAACUGUUUUGUCUUCUUUGGAUUAUUUAUUUUCUUGUUCUGUAAGACCCUCUUGAGUAAGGGUUUUAGGACCAAUGUCUUUAGUUGCAAUGUUGUACUACUGAUUGCAUGAAUUUUAACAAAGGUCCCAUGUGUUUCAAAGAAGUUAGGUGGCAAGAUGUUUCUUCUUUGAAUCAAUCUCAUAAAUUCAUCAGCGAACAAUAUGAUUUGA